AUGGCUUCGGGCGCCGACGCCGCGGCGGCGGGGGUCGCGGCGCUGGGGAUCUCCGGCGCCGGCGACGGCGCCGGCGAGUGGGCGGCGGCGUGCCCGCCGCUGCGGCGGAACCUGCAGCUGCUCGCGCCUGACGAGGUUGGGCUAGCAAAAAUGCUGUUGAAUGAGGGCCAGAUUCACCUGUUUGAACACUGGCCUGAACCAGGUGUUGAUGAUGACAAGAAAAGAGGCUUCUUUGAUCAGGUUCGCCGACUUAAUUCAAGCUAUCCUGGAGGUCUGGUAUCUUACAUCCAGAAUGCCAAAAAACUUCUUGCGGAUUCAAAGGCAGGCAAAAACCCAUAUGAUGGUUUCACCCCUUCUGUGCCUUCAGGUGAGGUUUUGACCUUUGGCGAUGACAAUUUUGUUUCACUGGAAGCAGCUGGGAUAAAAGAAGCCCGCAAUGCUGCAUUUGUUCUUGUAGCCGGAGGGCUUGGUGAAAGGCUUGGUUACAAAGGAAUUAAGGUAGCACUUCCGCGGGAAACAACUACUGGAAAAUGUUUCCUUCAACAUUAUCUAGAGUCUAUCCUGGCUUUACAAGAGGCCAGCUGCAAAAUGGUUGAUGAGGGGUGCCAAACAAAGAUUCCAUUCAUUAUUAUGACUUCUGAUGAUACAAAUGCUCUAACUAUCAAGCUUUUAGAGUCAAACUCCUACUUUGGAAUGGAACCAUCUCAAGUGAAAAUACUAAAGCAGGAAAAAGUAGCGUGUCUAGCUGACAAUGAUGCAAGGCUUGCAUUAGACCCAAGUGAGAAGUACAAAAUUCAGACAAAGCCACAUGGGCAUGGAGAUGUUCAUUCUCUUCUUUAUUCAAGUGGCUUGCUUGAGCAAUGGAAGAGUGAAGGCCGGAAGUGGGUUCUCUUUUUCCAGGAUACAAAUGGAUUGCUUUUCAAUGCAAUACCAUCAGCAUUAGGUGUCAGUGCCACCAAGGGUUACAAUGUAAAUUCUCUCGCAGUUCCUAGGAAGGCUAAGGAAGCAAUUGGAGGAAUUACCAAACUUACUCAUGUCGAUGGUAGAACAAUGGUGAUCAACGUAGAGUACAAUCAGCUUGAUCCACUCCUUCGCGCAACUGGACAUCCUGAUGGAGAUUCAAAUUGUGAGACAGGCUAUUCUCCAUAUCCUGGAAAUAUAAACCAGUUGAUACUGGAGCUUGGACCAUACAUUGAGGAGCUCAAGAAAACACAUGGCGCCAUUUCUGAAUUUGUAAAUCCCAAGUAUACUGAUUCGACCAAGACAGCAUUUAAAUCCUCCACUCGUCUAGAGUGCAUGAUGCAAGACUAUCCAAAGACAUUGCCUCCCUCAGCAAAAGUUGGAUUCACGGUGAUGGAUACAUGGCUUGCUUAUGCUCCUGUGAAGAAUAAUCCUGAAGACGCAGCUAAAGUUCCAAAAGGCAAUCCUUAUCAUAGUGCAACCUCGGGAGAGAUGGCAAUUUACAGGGCGAACAGCCUUAUUUUGAGAAAGGCUGGUGCACAGAUAGCUGACCCUAUUGUUGAUACUUUCAACGGGCAAGAGGUAGAGGUUUGGCCACGCAUAACCUGGAGCCCACGGUGGGGUCUCACCUUCAAGAGUGUCAAGGAGAAAGUGCAUGGCAACUCUUCAGUUUCUCAGAGGUCAGCUUUGGUCAUCAAUGGUCAGCACGUCUUCCUUGAAGGCCUCUCAUUGGACGGCACUCUUAUUGUCAAUGCUAUCGAUGAAGCAGAGGUUAAACUUACCGGUCAUGUACAAAAUAAAGGCUGGACUAUCCAGCACGUCGACUACAAGGACACCUCGGAGAAGGAAGAGAUCAGGAUCCGUGGAUUUAAGUUUGAGAAGGUUGAGCAGCUAGAGGUGAACUACACGGAGCUAGGAAAACAUAGCUUGAGUGCAUGA